UUCUUCAUAAUUCUCAGCAGAGUAGACGAAAUUGAUGAUGUCUUCUACCAAGAUGAUCAUACUGAGGAGUUCUGACGGAGAGAUAUUCAAGGUGGAAGAGGCGGUGGCUAUUGAGAUGCAAAUGAUCAAGUACAUGAUUGACGAUGAAUGCGCAAACACUACCAUUCCUAUUGCCAACGUGACUGGCAAGAUCUUGAAUAAGGUUAUAGAGUAUUGCAAAUUGCAUGCCGAAACUGCAAAGACUAGCCAGGAUGAUCUUAAGGACUUUGAUGCUAAUUUCAUCAAAGUUGACCAUCAAACACUAUCGGAUCUCAUAAUAGCUGCUAAUUUCCUUAAUGUUAAGAGCUUACUUGAUCUUACCUGCCAAGCUGUUGCAAAUCUGAUCGAGAAGAUGACAGUGGAGGAGGUUCGCAAAUUUUUUAACAUUCAAAAUGACUUCACACCUGAGGAAGAAGAAGAAAUCCGUAAGGCGAAUGCUUGGGCAUUUGAAUAAAAUUCAUAUAUAUUUUUUAGAUGCUAGUAGGACUUUCAUAAUAAUAAAUAAAUUUAUUUUGUUUGAUAUAAUUGCACUGCAUUGUUGUGUUAUCUUCUUAUUGAAUUCAAUUUAUUUUAUAUUUUUAUGUAA